UUCUCUUCCUCUGUCUCUCCCUACCAACAAAUCGGCCAUGGUGUCUCUCUGGCCCUGGAAGGGCGAAGACAACUCUCCAGCGUCCUUUGAAAAGGCACUCUCGAAUCUAUCCACCAAGAUCACCCAGGCGACCGCACGAUUAGACGUCCAUCGCCAACAUGCCCGUCGCUUCAAGGCUCUCUGGACCUUAUACACUUCCUUUGCCUACCUCCUUUAUUCGAUCAUUCUGGCGUUGGUUUUAGGGUGGCAAAAUUGGGGGAUCGUUGAAUACUCCGCGGUUGCUGGUGGCCCAGUCUUGAUCUACACCGUUCGCACAGCAGCAGGUCGGUUCUUCGACUACCGCAUCUCCAAAACGCAGCGAUAUCUCGACGACCUACAAAAACAGCGCGAAGAGACGAUCGAGAAGCUCAAGGCUGCCACAAAAUACAAUUCUACACAACAGCUGCUGGAAAAGUAUGGCGGGGACUCGCCAAAGCCGUCGCGUCCCAAGGGCGGUGACGAGAAACGGAAGACUGAGACAAAGCGCAAGCCCUCAGCACCGCAGCCACCGGUAGCACGAACAGGACUCGCGCCCCCACCGACCGCUAAUAUUCGAAGACCAACCCCUAAUCAAUCGCCCGUCCCCUCUCCGAACCCUCCUCCCCCUAUUCCUCCGUACGCAACCCAGAACCAACCUCAAAACUUCCCUCCACCUCCACCCGGCGUUGAUGAGCCUGGGUUCGCUCCGAAUGCUUUUUCCAACUCCGCACAAUACGAUGAACAUCCCCACUGGUACGACCGCCUCUUGGACGUUCUCUUGGGCGAAGAUGAGACACAGCCGAAGAAUCGGAUGGUCCUGAUCUGCGGUACUUGCAGACUAGUCAAUGGCCAAGCACCACCGGGUAUCAAAACACUGGAAGAGCUCGGUCGUUGGAGGUGCGGAAACUGCGGUGCAUGGAAUGGCGAAGAGAGCGAGGCAAGAAAAGUCCUCGCGGAUAUCCGAGGUCACUCGCAAUCUGCCACAGAUCCUGCCUGGGAACCGGUUUCCAAAACUGAGACCGAUAAUCAUUCCUCUGGGGAUGAAGUGACAGAUGAUGGGGUCAUCGUUGCGGGCAGUGAAAACGAUCAAGAUGAAUCGCACAGCUCCGAUACGGGAUCUCAAAAUGAGCCAGACGAAGAGGUUCAGAAAGAGGAGGAAGCGUCAGAGCCGGUUGCCCCCAGAAGGUCCACUCGUGCACGUUCCAAGGGCGGUAACAAGAAGGCAUAA